CAGAGCAGUCGCAAUUUUCGGCACAUUUAAAGUAGGGUUUGCCAGCAUCAGGGCCCGUGGUUUUGCUGAUCAGACGUCCACUCUCUCCACAUUUACAGUAUAUGCUGCCCAAGCAGCCUUCAACCGCCAGUUCCCUGCAAGUGAUCAUGAUGAUAGAAGCUCAAAUAGUGGCAAAAUUUCCAUGGCCACAACAGGGUUUUUGUGUGGGGAACUUAUUCUCUAGCUUCGUGUAGUAGAGAGAGAGGCGUGACGGAAAGGCCUUCCAUGUCUACUGAAUAGAGUCAUAUCUUCCUCUGCCACGUCAUUUCUCCCAAACAUCAGUUUGAUUUUGGUUAGUCCCAACUACCUCAACGGUCUUUCCAACCCCAUAAUUGGAGUCGCCAAUCUUCCAUUCUUAACCCCCCGCCCCCCUUCCAUACCUUCUGGAAAUUAUGAUGUUAUUCCACGUAAGCAGUUCAUACAACAAGUUUCGGUGUAGAAAAGGUAUAACAGUGCAUAUUGUUCACUUGCUAUGAGUUUUUUAAUGAUUAGGUUAUCUAUACAUUAGAUUGCACAAUGAUGUUUCCCAGAGAAAAACUCAUAAGCGCUUCUUCAUUUCUUCCUUUGAGUCCCACGGACAGUUCUAUCGGGCAUCAAAUAUGUUGAGUUAAAGAUAUGGGCUCAGCCCAGCCCAUACUACUGAGAAAUGAACGAUCUGUCCGAGCUAUAAAGUUAACCAAUCAGGUAGACUGCCUUCACAGGCGACGAUGUCUGAGGCGGAGAGUGAGGGUAAGGGCGAGAAACUGCGCCUGAUGUUUACGUACGGUACGCUGAAGAGAGGACUUCCGAACCACACGCUCCUGGAGGAUUUGAUUGGCAAGAAAGACGCCGUUUUCAGGGGAAGCUGCGUGACCACCGAGCACUACCCUCUGGUGUGCGGGCUGUAUGGCGUGCCUUACCUCAUCCACUUGCCCGGGUCGGGUCAUCAGAUCAAGGGAGAGCUGUAUGGAGUAACCAGCCGAGGCCUGGCCCGACUCGAUGAGCUUGAAGGAGUGACGAUCAAACACUACGAGCGCCGCCCUAUUCGGGUGGCGAUGGACGGAUCGGGGGAAGAGGCGGAGGCGGAGGCAUAUUUCGCGCACGGCUGCUUCGGCGAAGCCCUGUGGAAGAAGAGAGGAGUAGUUGGGAUGAGCGAGUACACAUCGGAGAAUGCGUUGGAUCAGGUGAGGAUAGAGCGGAGAGCACAGGACAGAAGUCUUGUUGAUGAGCUUUUGGACUUAGUGGGCUCAGCUCCUAGUAGCAUUGUCGAUUGAAUUUGGGAGAAAUCAGUCAAUUAGAAAUCGUGGAAGAAUUAUCACUGUAGCUAGUUGUAGCAACCUUUUUCGUUUUUUGGUUAAAAAAAAGGACAAAAAUUGCUGCUGUUCCUUAUGGGCUACUUUGUGCAGCGGACUUGUGUAUUGUAGAACAUUUCAUGUCCUUUUAAUUAUUUUCUUCACUAAUUGAGUUAAAAUUUAGUGUAUAUGAUUAAGA